UACAUAGCUCGCUGUUACCUUCCACACAUAUUUAAAUACAUUCCACAACUUUGACAUAUGUCAUCAAUGGCAGCACUCAAUUGUGAUAUGUCUUUGUGAGCGAAAACACGCAGAUUGUGCGCCAAUUUGAUGUUGACAAUAAUUUUGCAGAAAACUUUUGCUAAUUGAAAAUAUUAAUUAUUGUAAUAAAAUGGCUGCAACGAAAUUAGCAGAAGCGUUGAAUGAUUGCUUAAUCAAUUUUGACAGCCGUAUACUCGUCACUGAUUUGUUGCAAGAAUAUAACUUAUCGUAUGACGAAGUGCACAAAACGUUGGAGGAAUACCUAAAACAACAAGAGAACAAAGGCACAAAAUAUGAAAAGCGUUUUUUGGUACAAGGCUUUGAACAGGAAGGUGAUAAUGAAAUUUAUACUGUCGUUAAAGGUGAAACAAAACUACGCGAAUGGAUGGAAAAGCUUAAAAAUGUUGAAAGCCGAUUGUAUGCAGUUGAGGUGUCUGGCGGUGCCAGGACGCCAGCACAGAUUUUUAAACCAGUCGAAAAAUGUUUAAUAUUGAUUGAUAAUAUGGAGGAGCGUGUGUCUGGAAAUGCAAACAGUUCUCAUUUAAAUGAUAAUGCCCAUACCACGGUUGCUACUACUACAGCCAAAUCGGCGUCAGCUGCUUCGAAAUCUACAAAAGCAAAGAAAGCUGUUCCAUUUACAGGAAGAACUACUACGAUUGCAAGCGCCAAUGUUGUGGAAAAGGAACUUAUUAUAACAGCAGAAACAGAGAAACCUAAGUCCGAUAACAUUGAGCAACCGCCUACUCAAUCUUCACCAAAAAAAACUAAAGCAGUUGCUAAAAAGAAUACUAACAAAUCGCAACCAAUUGCCAUAUCCAAUUUUUUCACUGCGGCUGCAAGAGGAAAACCACCUACAAAACCGGUAACUGAAACUAAACCAACGGCAGUAAAAUGCGAGCAAAGCGGCGGCAGCUCUGACAGCAAAAGUGCAGUUACUUUAACAAAAUCUACAAAACAAGCAGAUGAUAUUAUGAAGCUAUCUUGCACUGAAGGUUCACUAGAGAAGUCGUCAGAAUCCUCUGAUGAAGAAGAAGUCAUCAAUGCAAACAAAGCAAUUGAGAAACAAGCUACCACAAACAAAAGAAGUUAUGUCUUUGAUUCGACCAGUGAACCUACACUAAAGAAGUCAUUAGAAUCCUCUGAUGAAGAAGAAGUCAUCAGUGCAAUGAAAUUGGAUAUCAUCAAUUCAGACAAUGAAACUGAGGAGCAAGCUACCACAAACAAGAGACGUCGUGUCAUUGAUUCCGAUAGCGAUAACGAACCCGAACAAAAACAUGAAAAGAUUGAUGUUAUUGAAGUUGCUGAAGAAGAAGACAACAAGAUUAAUAAAUCGGAAACAUUUUUGGACGAUGAAGACUUUGUGGUAACCGUUAAAUCAAAGGGCAAACCUAGCAAAAAAACAUCGCCACGUUUGAAGCCACCAGCGAAAAUGCCCGCCAAACGUAAACCACCAACAGCAUCUACCAAAACGAAACAAGUAAACAUUACAGAUUUCUUUGGAAAAAAAUAAAUUAAAAUUUCAAGUUAUUGUCCUGUA